UUCCCCCCUUUUAGCCCCCGCCUCCUCCGCCACUCGUCCUCCGGCUUCCACCGCAACCCCACAACCGCACGCCACCAACACCCGCCGCAUCCGCCCCGCCCCGCCCCGCCCCACCGACGGACGAAACCCUAACCCUAGCCUCCCCUCCCCCUUCCCCUUCCCGCCGCCGCCGCCCAUGGCGGGGCGCCGAGGCUGAGCGCCCCCGAUCGCGCGCGAGGAUGGAUUGAGCCGAGACACGAGGCAUGGGGCCCAACCCUAGCCUGGACAUGCUGGCCGCCGCGGCGGCGGCGGAGGCGGCGCCGCCGCCCAGGGGCCGCGUGGUGCGGAUCAUCGUGCACGACGCCGACGCCACCGACUCCUCCUCCAGCGAGGACGAGGCCGCGCCGCCGCCGCUGCUUGCCAUGCCGACGACCAAGGAGGAGCGCCGGAGGGACCGCAAGAAGCGCCGCCGCGUGAUGGAGGCCGGGAGGAGGGAGGACUCGCGCCCGCCGCAGGCCGGGGGGAGGACCCCCUCGGUGCGGUACCGCGGCGUGCGCCAGCGCCGGUGGGGCAAGUUCGCCUCGGAGAUCCGCGACCCGAUCCAGGGCCGCCGCCUCUGGCUCGGCACCUUCGACACCGCCGAGGAGGCCGCCGCCGCCUACGACGCCGCCAAGAUCCGCAUCAGCGGGAGCCGCCGCCCGCCCGACGCCACCACCACCACCACCACCACCGGCUGCUUCCCUUUCCCGUUCCCGCCGCCAGAGCCUCCCAAGCCCACCGUCCUGCGCCUUCCCAUGCCACAUCCUGCCAAGCCAACCGUCCUGCGUCUUCCCAUGUCACAGACUGCCAAGCCGAUUGUCUCGCCGCCGCCGCCCCCUUCGCCUGAGCCUGUCAAGCCGGCCAUCUCGCCGCCUCCUCUGCCAGCUAAGCCGUUCGCCCUCCCGUUGAAGCUGAGGCUGAAGCUUUCCUUCAAUCCACAGGUCAAGGACAAGGGUUGGGGCUGGUGCUCUGCAGGCGAUGUCAAGGAGGAGGAGGACGUGGGCUGUGAUGGCGAGGCAAAGGUUGGGGAUGUGAUUAGUGCAGGAGAGGUCAAGGUGGAGGAUGGGGGCUGUGCAGAGGAGGCGAAGGAGGUCGGUGGUAACUCUGAGAUCCAGGCGGUCAAGCCAAUGUGGGCGAUGAUCACCGGGAAGCGAAAGAAGCGGUCAGGGUGCGGCACCCGUGUUGGCGCCCUCCACGCCUCCUCCGUCUGCGUCGAGGAAGUUGGCGGGACCUGAGGGAGGUUCCAACUAUCCGUAAUUACUAUCGUUAGAUCUUUCACUCUUCUGCCUAGCGUCGUCGGAACUUCUUUGGUAUUGUGUAAUUUUUGUCAAGUACUAAACUCCUUGAUGUGCAAACUCAUGACCAUCCUGUCAUAUGAUUUGCGGAUGAUUUAAUGUAUAUACACCCUUCAAUA